AUGUCUCUGACCAUCACCAAGAGAAAGGCUGUCGCCGAGUGCGUCUCGGACGAGGCACUCUCGCACCUCCGGACCUACAAGUACUCUAGUGUCGACUUGUCGCCCGUGUCCAAGUAUAUCCUCGGCCCUUGGUGGAAUGCCUUUGUCAAGAUCCUGCCGCUAUGGCUCGCCCCCAACAUGGUGACCCUCCUGGGCUUCUUGUUCAUCCUCGGAAACAUCGGCCUUCUUCUCAUUUUUAUGCCAGACCUCGUCGGACCCGGUCCGACCUGGCUAUAUUACAGCUUCGCCUUUGGCCUGUUUAUGUACCAGACCAUGGACAAUGUGGACGGGAAGCAGGCCAGGAGGACGGGAACUUCGAGUGGUCUAGGUGAGCUCUUCGACCACGGCAUCGACUCGCUCAACUGCACCCUGGCCAGCUUGCUCGAGACGGCCGCCAUGGGCCUCGGUACGUCGCGCGUCGGCGUCUUCACCGCCCUGUGCCCCUGCCUGCCCAUGUUCUUCUCGACUUGGGAAACAUACCACACGCACACGCUGUAUCUGGGAUACUUCAACGGCCCCACCGAGGGUCUGCUCAUCGCCGCCGGCGUCAUGGCUGCGGCUGGCCACUACGGCCCCGGCGUCUUCACGCAGCCCCUGGCCGCUGCCAUCGGUCCGUAUUCGCCCACCAUCGGCGCCGCUCUCGGCCACACAACAUUUAUGGACUUGUGGGUGGGUAUCAUCGUCGGAUCUCUCCUGACGGGCCACGUCCCCUGCUGCGUGUACAAUGUUGUCAAAGCCAGACGGGCCAAGCACCUGCCCGUUGCGCCCGUCUUCCUCGAGUGGCUGCCCAUGGCUGUCUUCACGUUGUCCAUCGGCAUCUGGGUCUACUCGCCCUACAGCACUCUGAUGGCCGAAAACCACCUUGUCCUCUUAUGCCUCACCCUGUCCUUCGUGUUCGGCCGCCUGACCACCAAGGUCAUCCUGGCCCAUCUCACCCGCCAACCAUUCCCCUACUGGACCGUCAUGUUGAACCCGCUGAUUGGCGGCGCCGUCCUCGGCAACCUGCCUCGUGUCGGCCUCCCCCAGAUCACCCCCCAGCUGGAGCUGUACUACCUGUGGGCCUACUUCAUCUUCUCCGUCGUCGUCUACUUCCGCUGGGCUUAUCUGGUCAUCACCAGCAUAUGCGAAUAUCUCGGCAUCAGCGCCCUCACCGUCCCCAAGGACAAGCAGGAGGCUGCCGAGGCUCGCCUAAAGGGCAUGUGA